AUGCUGCGCGACGCAGCGGCAGGAGUCUCUAGUUUAAAGCUGGUUCAGGGGUUACAACGCCUCUACAAGUACCGAGCUGAUAUGGCCUGCCUUUCUUACACCGGUUGCAAAUGGGCCUACCUGGGCAUUCGGUCGUUGUACCGAGAGGUCCGAGGGUGUGGACGCCUAGUCCUGUUGGGAUUAGGUGGGCUGGGUUGUGGCGAAGCAGUCUGCAGCAGCGGCUUGAGCUCUGCCACUAUUUCUUGUGUUAUUCCCCUUGAUUUGCAUUUUGACGUCUCCAUGAUCUCACGCUUCAAUUGCUCCUUCCAAUGGGGUUCUGGGGCAGUCUAG